AUGGUAGAUCAGCACCUCCUGAUCCAGAAUUUGGAGGAAAAAGCAGAAGAGCUUGUCCGGAAGACGCGAAAAUAUCUUCCUCACAUUGGCCGAUUUUGCCUGAUUAGUACUUUCGUCGAAGAUGGAUUCAGAAUGGUCAAUCAGUGGGGCGAGCAAAGAGAUUAUAUUGAAUCGGUUUGGAACUGCGGCUGGUUCUUGGCGGUCAUGUUCGUUUUUCUCAACCUCGUCGUUCAAAUCUCCGCCUCGUUCUGCGUCAUGACCCGAAUCAGAGUAAAAGAAGCCUGCUACGCGUUAUUCUUCAUUAUAUUUAUGCAAACUAUUGGGUACUCGAUCCUUUGGGAUCCAAAAUUCUUGGCUAGAAAUCUUGCUCUUGUUGGUGCUGUCUUGUUACUGUAUUCUGAAUGCUUGACCGAACAGAGGACGCUUUUUGCAGGAGUUCCUUCUUUUGGAGAAGAUUCAAAGCCAAAGCAAUAUAUUCAACUCUCUGGCCGACUUCUGAUGGUCUUGAUGUUCAUGACUCUCAUCAAAUUCAACUGGGACACGCAAAACGUUAUCGCCAUCAUUUUCGGUCUUCCACUGGUGCUCAUGGUCGCUGCUGGCUACAAAACGAAACUCGUCUCUGUUGCUCUUAUCUUCUUGCUCUUCGUCCACAACAUGAGAUAUAACAACUUCUGGAGACACAGCGUGAAAACGUACAUUUUCGACUUCAAAAAGUUCGAUUUCUUCCAAGGACUCUCCGUUAUUGGCGGAAUUAUUCAAUUGAUCGUCUACGGCCCUGGAGGACUCUCAGUCGAUGAUAGACUAAAGGCCGAAUAA